GCUCUUCGUGCCUCCUUUCUUGAACUAGCUUCUACCUAGUACUAGUACUAGUAGUAGUACAGUACCUACACAUGUAAAUGCCGCUGCAACAAUUACACUGUACAUGAACGUGGUGUCUUUCUCGCAGGCCUUUCUUCUUUGUUCGGGACCACACUUGCCCCCUUGGUCAGAGUUUUGACUGACUACGCGUACACGGUCUUUGCUACUGACUUUAGUUUUUUGUAGGCUUGACACUAGCAGUUUGUGCAAGAUUUGUGAUAGCGACAUGGACAUGCACCGCUGCGCCGCUUCGUGAUCGUGAUACCGAUAUUACUCGCAAUCGACAACUAUACAGUCAUAGUACUUUGGCUACGGUAUCAAUUAUUUGACAUCUUUCCUACUUUCGGCACUUUGUAGUUCUCUAAGGGAAGGUAGCCCCAACCCGUCAACUGAGCGGAGCUCAUGUCGUCGACUGAUGUACCAUCGACGGGGAAGCCGGCUGACCGCCGUCACAAAGCUCUCCAAAGAAUCCUCGUUCGACUCUCAGCUGCUCCCGGUCGCACCGACGACAGCGGAGGUCCCAGGAAUGUUGCGGAGAGUGACGACCAACUCAUGUUCGACGUAGAGGAACUGGCGAGAGCGUUUUGCAAGGCGGUCAAGGAAAAGAAGCGAUGGAAGAUGGCCGCUGACAACCUGGAGAAAGCCCGAGAAAACCUGUUGACUGGGGAGGCAUGCGCCUGUAGGAUGCACUCGUGCGAAGACGAUAUUCUGGAGCUUCAACAGGAGAUACAGGAACUGAAGAAUGCGCACCAAAAGAGAGUUAAAGAGGACGAGGAGAAAAUGGCUUGCGUACUAGUAAAGUUGAGAGUGGCAGGCGAGAUGCUUAUGAAAGACAUUUCCGACGCGGUGACUCAAACCGAUCCAGUUGUGCUCUUGGCUGCUGGCAGUCAAGACUGCGAUGGACAGAGCGCAAGUGUUACAGUCAACCCGGAGUUGAGCGAAUACCUGGAGAAACUGAAGGAAGCGAGCGUGGCAGUCAACAGCAUGCGACAGGACAAACAAGACCUGGAGAGAAGAUGUAGGACCUACGAAUUUAUGUUGGACAAUUUCAAGGAGGAGCGCGACAUGUUCAAGACGCAAGCCAAGGACUUUGAGAAAGCAGCUGAGAACGGCGAGAAACACUAUCUCAAGCUCUUGGAUACUGCCAACGACGAGAUCAAAGCUCUGAUGCGGAGUUCGGAUGUGCUCAAAGCCAAGCUGGAAUCCUGUGAGUCUAAGAUCAAGGAGCAGCAGCGUAGUAUCAGCGAUCAGGAAAUUCAAAUCGACAAGCUGAGCGCGGAGGUGAAGGGGCAAUACGCCGAGCUUGAGUCCGAGCGGGCAUGGCGGGAACACAUAGAGAUGCAUCGUGAUCGGCUCCAAGAGAACCUCAAAUGCUCACAGCAUAUGGCUGCAACGGCACAGGCACUCGUGGACGACAAGUCCUUGGAGGAGGAACAGCUGCACAGGCAAGUCCAGAUGCUAAAGGCGCAGCUUGACAAAAGGAACAAGGAAGAGAGGGAGGCAGCGGCAGGCGGCUCGUUCCUCGAGUUCGUCCAGCUUCGCCGACAAGUGUUCCUGCUGCAGUACGAGGCGGCGAUGCUGACCCAGCGCAUGGACAGGGUGAAGAAGAAAGUCAGUGACGCCGACUUCUCCGAAGGCUUGUUAAACAAUGCCAGCGGCGGUGCAGAGCUACACAUGCAGUCCGUGAAGGACAUCUACAGAAAGACACUGGUGAACCAAACCUCACGCAUACCCGACGGCGGACCAACGGUGCCCGUAAUCGAAAGGAGGACAACUCUGAAAAAGCCAGCCAUAAAAGGCAAGACUGGCCCAGUAAUGCAGCGCAGGGUUCGAAUAACGCUCCCGCCGAUCCAGAAGAGGUCGCGGUCGCGGAAACGGUUAAGGCUGAUGGUGGAAGGGAAGGCUGCGCCAUCCACUUCCAAGGUCGAAUCAGCACACCAAGAGGCCAGGCCAGUAAUACGGAACACUGAACGUACAUCAAAACGCCCCAAAACUUCCAGAUAUCUAGGGGAGACUAAAACUAACCAUGAUGACACCGGGCACUUGAACCAGCAGCAGUACCAGCAGCAGCAGGUAGAACAAGCAGAACUCACCAUACAAGCCCAGUCCAAUAAGGACACAGUGCAACCCCAUACUAGGAGUCGCCCAGCACAUUUGCCCCGGCAUCGGCAAAGGAGGACAGAGGAAAGUGGCAGAUCAUCGUGAAUUUCACGUCAGAACCUGAUGCAAACAGCAUACACGCCAUGACACCGCAGCAACCGAAGCUUGGGAGGUGGGAGGGUCUUGCUAAUGAGUAUUUAAAAAAUGACCCCAAUGACAGCCGAAAUGCAGAAAACCGACUUGUCGACAGACAACUGUCAUGUGAAUGGUAAAUCAGAUCACAAAAUGAUGCCGGACAAAGUAUCUUUCAAAAGUUUGCUUGUAAACUUGUCAGUGAUACGCCUUUACAUCUCUCAAUUUAUUGUUAUUAUUAUCAGCCUUUUCGCGUUGACAUCGCCAAGCAAGCUUGGCUAGUCUUCGCUUAGGCCAAAAUGG